AUGAUAUGUCAGAGCUCUCUGACGGCCAUGUUGAGUCGUCAAGCUUGGGGUUGUGUAUGGUUGCUCCUCUUGAGCCACGGCGCUCAUGCCAACUUGCUUGUUAAGUCAACUUGCUGGAAACUCUCUCGUCGAAGGCGCACUUGCGCAUUGACUUCCCAUUGUGCCUAUAAAUGA